GGUGGUGGCAUCUCUUUUGGGCUGACUGUUGCUGUCUUCCUCCAACUCCACCCACUUCUCUCUUUCCUUUCUCUUUACAUUUUCACUUCUGCUUCUUUUUCUUCUUCUCAUUCUCUGUAAUUUUGCCGUCCCGUUUUCUCUCUUCUGGAAUCUGAUUCUGAUUUUCCUGAGAAAAUGACAGACAGAGUGUACCCAUCUUCCAAACCCACCACCACCGGUGCUGCACCAGGUGGAACCACAGCGCCAGCCGCGGCCCCGGCGAAAUCCCACCUCUAUAACCCCACUCGCCCGACGUACCGCCCACAAGCGCACCGCCGGCGUCCCCGCCGGUCGUGCCGGAGCAUCUGCUGCUGCUGCUUUUUCUGGUUUCUUCUCGUGCUUCUCCUGUUGAUCCUCCUGGCCGCCACGGCCGGCGCGGCGCUUUGGGUGUUCUACCGCCCCCACAGCCCGACCUUCUCAGUCUCCACCUUCAAGACAACUCAAUUCAACCUCUCCGCUUCCUCCGCCGACGCGUCCUCCUCCGGCCAUCUCUCCGCCGCCUUCAACCUCACCAUCGCCGCCCGCAACCCCAACAAGAAAAUCACCAUUUUCUACGACCCCUUCACUGUUUCCAUCUCAUCGAACGACGUCAUCCUCGCCAACGGAUCCUACCCAGCACUCGCCAGCAGCCCCAAGGACUUCACAGUCCUGAAACCCACUCUCUCCAGCCACUCCCGCGACCUGGACGCGGAUUCAGUGACUUCCCUGAGAUCAGAUCUGAAGAAGAAAAGUGGGUUGCCUCUGGAAUUUCAAAUGGACACGAAGGUGAGGAUCAAAAUGGGAGGGUUUAAGAGCAGUAAGGUGGGCAUCAGAGUGACCUGCGAUGGCAUCCAAGCUGCAGUUCCAAAAGGUAAAUCUCCAUCAGUUGCUUCAACUUCUGACUCCAAGUGUGAGGUUGAUCUCAGAAUCAAGAUCUGGAAAUGGACCUUCUGAACAUCUGAUGAUCAAAUCAAACUCCUUUCUUCAGUCCCCAAUCAUCAGUCACAGUCAGUCAAUUGUUUUCUUUGUUUUCCUUUUUAUCCACUGUUUCUUGUUUGAGGAAUUGAGAUUAUCAAUCAAGUAGAUUAAAGGGAAAAAAAAAAAAAAAAAACGUGGUGAAAGAAUUAUAGUAGUUUACUUUCUUUUGUAAUAAUUUUAUAUUUUUGUGAUGUAACUUGUAAGUGAUUUUGCACGGAUAAUAAUACAUUUAUUUUCCACCA